AAUAUGUUGCCCUCACAAAAAUGGCGUUUAGUUUGCUUAGUAAUGCCUUGCGACCAUCCGUACGUCAUUAUUGUGCGUCUCUACAUGACAAACAUCGGUUAUGUCCACAUACUAGUGUGAGCAGAUGUUAAGUUAACGUGAAACAUGGCACCUUUAAAACAAACCGCAAAAACUAAAGGUCCGAUUAAAGGAAAAUACUUAAAUAACAAAUUCGCACAUGGUGGUUUAUCACACAACGCCAAAAGGAAAAGAAAAUGGGUUCCGGAGAACAAAGUUUUUGAUGGUAGUUUAAAAGAAGGUCAGGGAUUUGCCUUCAAAAGGAAGGAGAAGAUAAAGCAUGAAUAUAACAAACUUCUCAGAAAGGAGAGGAAAAAAAUGCAACCGUCAAAAAUCCAGUUAGAGGAGGAAUAUCCCGAGCAUCUGAGACAUCUAUACCUGGCUGAAAAAGAACGACUAGAUGAAGAAGAACAAGAACAAAAGAAGAAAAGACUUAAAGGGAGAGUAGUAGAUGAAGAGACAGUGGCAGAUGAUGAACUAAAAACAGUGUUGGAUUCUCCUUUUGCUGAGAAACACAUCUCAAAUACAACGACUGACCAAACUACCGUCCCUGAUUCAGCUAAUGAACCAGCAGAGUCUGAAAGCUCCCAUAAGACUCCAUUCAUUCAAAGGAAGCAGAAAAUGUCAUCGUAUCAGAAGACAAGGCAAGAAUAUGAAAGGAUGAAGGAGGAACGUGCAAGAAAGAGAGAGGAGUUCUUGAAAGACAAAGCUCAGCGAGAGGAAGCUCUGAAGAAAUAUAAGGAAAAGAAAAUGGCAACAUAUCAGCUGUUGAAAAGAAAAACCAAGAAGGGUCAGCCCAACCUCAAUCUGCAUAUGGAGCUAUUGCUGCAAAAGAUUCAAGCUCAGCACAAAUAAUAUUUUUGACAUAUUUUUAUGAGUUGCAUUGAUAUCAAAAUAGAAGGCCAAAUACAUACUAAAAUACAAAUACUGAAAUUUGUUGAUACUGAAUUUUGCAAAGUAUGUAAACUUUCAUACAAAAAUAUUUCAAAUUACAAAAACAGAAGGCAGUGAUGCAUUAAUAGCAAUAUAAGAAACUCCCAGUAGCUCCAGCAGCUGUAAUAUGAUUUAAUGAACAGAGGCAGUGGGUGUGGUCAUUGAGUCAUAUGGCUCUUCCCAGUUUAUUUGACUCCUCCCCCACAUCGUCAUAGUCUGUUUUUUUUCAAACAAAAGCAAAUUCAUUUUUUCAUUGUUAUAAUUACAUUAAUAUUGUGUUUAAAUUGGGUUUCAAUGACAAAAAUAAUGACUGAAAGAAGAUUUUGUUAAAAGGUAACAAUAACCAACCCAACAUGUUUCUGUCAUCUUCAUUGCUGCUCUUCACAUCAUCAUACUCCUCCUGAUCCCCCUCUGAUACACGAGUGAAAUAAA